ACCACACUCAUCUUUUCUUGGGAUGGGCUUGCCAUGGAUUCUUCGGCGAUGCAGCAACUGCAGCGAGAGGAUGCAUUCCUGCAGUCAUGCUCUCGGCAUGGCAUGUGUCAGCGCAAGUACAUUUGGCAGGCUACCGAAGGCAAGGUCUCCGGCGCGCUCCGGGGCCGCUCGGGGGCCAUGGUCUGCGUGGAGGUGGCCUUGCUAAGCGGCCAUGCUGUCCGCCUGGAAGUGGUGGCCGACUUGAGGGUGCACGAGCUGAAGUGGCGGGCGCAGCAGCAGCUGGGCCUUCAGCUGCAGAGCCUGGCGAGCACUUCCGGGCAGUUGAAGGAGUACCACAGUCUGCUCGAAGCCGGAGUCAGGGACGGGGACCUCUUGACAGCCACCGUGUGCAACAGGGAGUAUCCUGGGCAUCGGCCCCAUGCCUUUGCCCUGGUGCGGGGUGACGGCUCGGUGGCGGCCUGGGGCGCGCGCUGCUGGCCGGCGCCGCAGCUGCGCGACGCCGUGGCCGUGGCGGUGUCCUUCGCGGCCUUCGCCGCACGGCGCCGGGGAGGCGGCGUGGCCACCUGGGGCAAGGCGCACUACGGCGGGGACAGCAACGAGGUGCAAGAGCAGCUGCAAGGCGUCGAGCACAUCGAAGCGUCCUACGCCGCCUUUGCCGCUCUCCGGGCCGAUGGGACCGUGGUCACCUGGGGCGACUCCGGCUACGGCGGUGACAGCGCUGCUGUUCAGGAGCAGCUCCGCGAUGUACGGAAGCUGAAGGCUACCAGAUAUGCCUUCGCUGCCAUUAGCGGGGAUGGGCGCGUCGUGACAUGGGGCGAUCCGGGAAAAGGCGGCAACAGCGGUUUGGAGCUGCUCGGUGUGCGAUCUGUGGCCGCCUCGAGCUCCGCGUUCGCCGCAGUGCGGAGUGACGGCGCUGUGGUGGCCUGGGGUGACGUGCCAGCGUCCGGCGAGUCGCCUCGGGGCUCAGGUGGCCGAGUGUUGGCUCCGCCAUCGCCUUCGCCUGUGGUGCAACUUGUGGCCAGUGGCCGCGCUUUCGCGGCGCUGCGCUGUGACGGGUCCGUGGCCACGUGGGGUGACAAAGCCGCCGGGGGCGACAGCUCCUGCGUGCAACCGCUCCGCGGUGUGCAGAGCCUCGUUGCCUCCUCGUUCGCAUUCGCUGCGCUUUUGGGGGAUGGUGGCGUCGUCACCUGGGGCAACCCUCGAUAUGGCGGUGACAGCAGCCUCUUCCAGGCCGAGCUACGCCAGGUCCAGGA